AUGAGCUACUUCCCUGGUCCUCCUCCUCCCGUGAGCCCGCUCAACCGCUACCGGUUGCUGUCACCAAAUGCCUCCGUGAGAGUCAGCCCGCUGUGCUUGGGCUCCAUGAACUUUGGUUCAAAUUGGAAGGACUUCAUGGGAGACUGCGACAAGGCAGCCUCGGAAGCCAUCUUGGACUUUUUCUACGAACAGGGUGGCAAUUUCAUUGACACUUCAAACAACUACCAGUUCGAGGAGUCCGAGGCCAUCAUUGGUGACUGGAUGAAGAAGAGGGGAAACCGCCAUGAGAUGAUCAUUGCAACAAAGUACACUACCUGCUACAAAUUGGGACCCGUUCGUCCUCAUAUCGCCGCCAACUUCACCGGAAACGGAACAAAGAGUCUAAACGUAUCUGUUGAGGCCAGUCUGAAGAAGCUGCAGACCGAUUACAUCGAUCUGCUUUACGUGCACUGGUGGGAUUUCGGUACUUCAAUUCCGGAGGUGAUGCAGUCAUUGAACAACCUUGUUGUGUCUGGCAAGGUUCUGUAUCUGGGCAUCAGUGACGCUCCUGCCUGGGUGGUGAGCAAGGCAAACGAAUAUGCACGAAACCACGGGCUGCGUCAAUUCUCCGUCUACCAAGGCCUCUGGUCCGCAGCCAACCGUGACUUCGAGCGCGACAUCAUCCCCAUGUGCAAGGACGAGGGCAUGGCUCUCGCCCCCUGGGGAUCCCUCGGCUCAGGCAAGUUCAAGACGGAAGAGCAGCGCAAGGCCGAAGUCGGACGCAAAGUACAGGCUACCGAAACCGACAUUCAGGUCAGCAAGGUGCUUGAAAAGAUUGCCGCACGUAAGAACACGGUUCUCACGAGCGUCGCUCUGGCAUAUGUGACUCAAAAGACCCCUUACGUCUUCCCCAUUGUUGGCGGAAGGACGAUUGAGCACCUCAAGCACAACAUUGAGGCCCUCACUCUGCAGUUGACUGAAGAGGACAUUGAAGAGAUUGAGAGCGCUUACCCCUUUGAUUUCGGAUUCCCGCACAACAUGAUGUGGGGUGGUAAAGCACCAGGCCCAUCCCAGCAGAAGAUUUGGCUCCUUGAGUCUGCUGCUCACUAUGAAUAUGUCUCGGAACCCAAGGCUAUUGCACCGACAAAAAUAGGAGAGUAG